UUUUUUUUUUUUUUUUUUUUUUUUUUCAAACUCACAAAGAGGUUGAAAAAGGAAGGGGCGGAAGACAAUUUUGACAUAUUUUCUUAUUCUUUUAAACACAAACUUUCUGAUCAUGGAUUUCUAUACAACGUUACAGCAGAUUCAAGAAACAUCUCAAACUGCACUUGCUUAUCUUUCUCAAGGUGGCAAUGCUGAGAAGAUUGGAGCUAUCACUGCUAUUUCUGUGGCUACCUAUUUUGUUGGCAACAAAUUAUAUGACGCUUUCUUUGGUACUCUCUCUAAUGUUCCCGGCCCAUUUAUUACAAGAUUUAUGGAUAUCCCUCUUCUUCUUUUAGAUAUUCCAAGAGGAACAAGUUUUAAAAGGUUGAGAGACUAUCAUGAUAUCUAUGGUGAUAUCGUUCGUCUUGGUCCCAAAAAGAUUGCCAUUUCAAACAAGGAUUUAAUGAGACAAGUACUUGUCACAGAGGAUCAUCCUAAGAGUCCUUUCUAUGAAAUUAUCCAAGCUACCGGAAAGCUAUCAGUAUUUAGUGCAACCGACAAAGGAUGGCAUAAGAAGAGAAGAAGAAUGAUUGCUCCUGCCUUUUCCAUCAAAUACCUCAACUCACUCGAACCUUAUGUGAGUAAGGUCGCCAACUCCUUGAUUGAAAAGAUCGACGGCGAUAUUGCUGAGAAGCACGACACAGAUAAUUUUGGUCAGGUAGAUAUCUGGACCUUAUUCAAGUGUUAUGCUUUGGAUGUCAUUGGUGAAACUGCUUUCGGUUCUUCGUUUAACAUGAUUGAAGACAACAGCCAUUUUAUUCCUCAAGCCAUUAAUGACGAAUUAAGAGAGAGUGCUAUUUCUGCCAUGUUUCCUUUUCUCAAAAUCUUUUUAAAGAACGGCGGUAGAACCAAUCCCAAGAUUACAGAUUUCUUGAAAAACAUGAUUGAAAAACGUAUGCAAGAUACCGAUAACAAGCGUCAAGAUAUUCUUCAGUCUUUGAUCGAUGCCAAGGAUGCCGAGAACGAAAAUGAUCGUUUAGAUACAGCUGCCAUUAUGAGCGAAACCGGUUUUUUCUUGGUUGCUGGUUCGGAAACCACAAGUAAUACCUUGGGUUUCACAGUCAUCAGUUUGCUCCGUGAGCCUCAUACCUUGACCCGACUCGUGGCCGAAAUCGAUACCGUUGAGUUGGCUCCCGGUCAAACUAUCUUUAAACAUGAUCAAAUCAAGCAUCUUCCUUAUUUAAAUGCUGUCUUAAAUGAAAGUAUGCGUGUCUUUACUGCUGCUGGUGGUGCUAUUCCUCGUAUCACUGAAAAAGCUACCAGAUUAGGUGAUCUGGAAUUAGAAAAAGAUACUGUUAUUAUGAACACACUUUAUCAUGUCAACACAAGUAGCAAGUACUGGCCUGACCCAUUCAAGUUCAAGCCUGAAAGAUGGCUCCCUGAAGAACAAGACGACACUGAAUUCAAUGAUUUAGACGCCUUUUUUGCUUUCAGUGCUGGUUCCAGAAACUGUAUUGGUAAGAACUUUGCCUUGAUGGAAAUGCGAUUGUGUUUAGCAGCACUUUUGAAGCAUUUCGAAUUCGUGGCUAUUCCUUCUGAAAUGGAGGAUGCUCUUGAAUUAAGAACAUUUAUUACUUUGGCUGUUGCAAAGCAUACCUUUGACUGUAAGAUGAGACGUAGAGUCUUAUAAGUCCUUUUUAUUUACAAUUUUUCCCUAUUUACAAUUUUCCCCUAUUUACAUACCUAUAAAAUCCCAAUAAAGAAUUCCCAACGCCAAACCAAACAGUGGCU